AUGAUGACUUCAGGCAAAGCAGACGGUGCACACUUGGCGGAUGAUCCCCAAGUCCAAAUUGAUCAAAGUGUUGUUUCAUCCGAAAUAGCAACUUUGGAACUCGCUGAUGCAGCGGAUCAAUCUACUGAGAAGCGCAAAGCUGAACGUAGUCGACGAAAGAAAUUGAAUGCUAGGAAGAACAAGGCGGAGAAAGCCCGGCAAGAAUUCGAAGAACGACAAAUUUUGGGAAGUGCGAGUCAAGAUACUAAAAUUACACUAUCAGUUGGCAGUGGAAAGACCUCCAAGUCACUUGCAAGUGAUUGUUUCGACGGAACUAGUGGCAUUGAUUGUGUUGUUGGAAGCUCCGCUUUGGCGCAGGAAAAAACCGCAAUAUACUUUUCAAACGCAAUGUUCGAAAUCAAGACAAGCCCUGGAAAAGGUCUUGGGGUUUUCGCCGAACAAGAUAUCAAAAAAGAAACAAAGAUUUGA